AUGCGGCAACGGAGUGGAUGCAAGACAUGUCGCGAGCGGCAUAUUAAAUGCGUGAAGCUGCGAGAUUCGAGCAAAUGCAAGCACUGCACGGAGAGGGACCGCCCCUGCGUCAAGGGCAAUGCGUUUCGAUUCCGACCUGUUACUUCUGUCAAAUUUAACGCAGGGGAAGACAUUGGAUCCGCUGAGCAGAGCCUCAACUUCCAGACCAGUCAGACUUGGGUUGAUAUUCCGGAAUCUUUACGCUUUGUCCCCCCAAACACCGAUCCUGAUGACCUUGGCGAACCUGAUGAACCUGGUGAGGGAGUCCUUGAUGCGGAACCCGAUUCCACUUUGGAAGACUCUGGAAUUGCGUUUAGGCCGUCAAUUGACAUAGAGACCAACCCGCUAAAAGGACUCCCUGCCAUCUCUCCCUCUGCUGGUGUUGCGCCCCUUCAGCCCCCGAUCUAUGAUACUCUUAACAACACUAUAUCCCCCCAUGAAGUGCCUAAUAACAAAGUUUCACCACCUCAGGACUUCAACAUCUCCCCCUUCGGUUCCAGUUCGGCAUUCUCAGCCAGCACUUCUCUUUCACCGAGAUGGCCAGUGAGCAACGCCUACGAAGCACGCCUUCUCCAUCACUUCAUUGUUCAUUGCACUCCCUGGAUAGAUGUGUGCGAUCCCCGCUGUCACUUUGGAAAGGAAAUCCCCAAACGCGCAGCUCAAUAUCCGGUCAUAUUGAAUGGUGUGCUUGGCCUUGCGGCUCGACAUCUGUGGCUUUUGUCCAAAGUUGAAGAGGAUCAUUCUGCUCCAUAUAUAGACCAGUGCCUCCAAACCCUCAUCAUCGCGUUAGAAGACCCACUUGCCCACUGGGAUGAAAACUUCCUAAUAGCAGUCAUUUUACUACGCUUACACGAGGAGAUGGGUGACUCUGACGAACAAUGCCACCACUUUGGAACUACUCGCAUUCUAAAUUCUAUUUCAUCGUUUGCAGCAGAUGGAGGUCUGCGCGAGUCUGCCAGCUGGGUAUCACUACGACAACACAUCUAUGUUUCUCUCACAACGCAACAACCCCUCGAUCUCAGUCUCGAGAACUACCGUCAUUCCUCCGUCUUCCGUGAAUACGAUGAUGAGGCCUGGGCAAACCGUGCCAUCUUCCUUUUCGCCAAUGUCCUCAAACAUGUCUUUGAGGGACGCGAAUCCAGCCCACUCUCUAGAGAUAAGUGGGCUGAACUUGACGCCGAAGUCAAUGAGUGGGAGCGUACGAAGCCCUGGACAUUUACCCCUUUAUUUACCGAGGAACGGGCUGGAAAAGAGUUUAAUGGAUCAUGGCCGGAACUCCCCACUGCACAAGGCGUGGUAGCCGUCGGUUUACAGUAUUACCACCUCUGCAAGAUACUGCUAUCAAUCUACUCUCCGCAUGCAUCACUUGUUGGACUUGCGAGUGUCAGGGCAAGGAAGGCAACAGAUGCUGCGAUUCGCCAGCACAUUCGCAUCAUCAUCGGUUACGGAGUCAGCAAUUCACAUUGUGGGAAUGCUAUGUUUCAAGGUAGCCAUAUCUUGAGUGCGUGUGGCGCUUAUAUCAUUGAGAAAGCGGAACAAGAAGCCUGCGUCGAAUAUCUUAGAGGAUUGCAAGAUCUGAUUGGAUGGAGGACUACGAACGUUCUCCAGGAUUUACGAGAACAAUGGUCCAAUUGAAUUGGGCCCAUCUAUCUCAAAUCCGAUCUGAGAGAGCGACCAGAUGCCUCAGCAUAUUAUCACGGAAAACAGGCAAGAAGUAGGGUAGAGUCUAUCAACUGAACCUGCGCCCCAUCUAGCGGGAACAUCAACAACAGGAUGAAAAAAAUCUGUCCUUCCA